AUGGACGUCUCUUUCCAUGGGAGCGAGUGUUCUUCGACUCCACUCCCAGCUGUGUUUUCCUCUGAAAUUUCUUCCCGCCAAUUUGGAAAAAUCCAGUCCAUGGGCCAUAAAUAUAGCCCAGGAUUCAGAUUUAAGAAAUGGUCUUCAUGGGACACAUGGCCCAUGGAAGUGAAGAAAAGCAUACUGCCAUACUGGGCACCGGGCAGGCCCUUUGAAAGGAGUAAACAAUUCUUCAACCCAUUUUUUGGGUCGCUCAGUUAUUUUAUAUUAAAUUUUAUGAAUCUGAAUUUAAUCUUUAAUCUCAAUUUUUUAAAUGAAAUUAAAAAAUUAUUGCUCAAAUCGAGUCCUCCAAACCCGAAGAACUCGGCUCCGAUACCCAGCACCAAUCGCCUUAUCUUACCCAAUCCACAAGUCCCCACAACGACAAAGAUAACGAAAUCCAAACUCCGUAUAUUCAAACGACUACAAGAGGAGCGGAGCGAAGAGCUUCAGAAAUUCUCAAACUCAUCAAUGGCACGAAUUGCAGAGAAGGAGCUUGAGACCGUGAGAAGGAGAGUAAGCUCUGUGGCCAGCCAUCUCCUUCCUGCUGAUUCGGCUUCCAGUCGCGGUGGUGUGGUUGGGUCAAAUCGGUGCAGUGCUCCGAUGAAUGAUAGUUACCAUCGGAUUCAUGGUGAGGUUCCGAGUCAUGAGCCUGUUUGGAGUAUUGCGUGUGAUGAGUCCGGCAAGGAGUACACGGACAUUGUCUAUGAGAAAGCUGUCGGAGAAGCCAUUGCGAAGGUUACGAUUAACAGGCCAGAGAGGAGAAAUGCCUUCCGACCUCGUACUAUUAAGGAGCUGAUUCGUGCAUUUAACGAUGCCCGUGAUGAUAGUUCCGUAGGGGUUAUAAUUCUUACCGGACAGGGAACCAAUGCUUUUUGUAGUGGUGGUGAUCAGGCUUUGAGAAGUAAAGAUGGUUAUGCCGAUUAUGAAAAUUUUGGGCGCCUUAAUGUUUUAGAUUUACAGGUGCAGAUUCGACGUCUUCCAAAACCGGUUAUUGCUAUGGUUGCAGGUUAUGCUGUUGGAGGUGGACAUGUAUUGCAAAUGGUCUGUGAUUUAACAAUUGCCGCAGACAAUGCUAUUUUUGGUCAGACAGGUCCAAAGGUUGGAAGCUUUGAUGCUGGUUAUGGAUGCUCUAUAAUGUCCCGUUUGGUUGGGCCUAAAAAGGCACGUGAAAUGUGGUUUCUGGCUAGGUUCUAUACCGCUUCGGAAGCAGAGAAAAUGGGACUUGUCAACACUGUUGUCCCGGUGCGUUCAUCCACUGCUAAACGCUAGAGAAGUUAGAACAUGAAACCAUAAAAUGGUGUCGUGAAAUCCUAAGAAACAGCCCAACAGCUAUCCGAGUGCUCAAAUCAGCUCUCAAUGCAGUAGAUGAUGGGCAUGCCGGGCUCCAGGAGCUUGGAGGAAACGCGACUCUCGUAUUUUACGGAACAGAGGAAGGUAAUGAGGGAAAGACGGCAUAUCUGGAACAUAGGCGCCCUGAUUUCUCAAAGUUUCCCCGACGACCUUAAUUUUGUGUGAAUUUUGUCCUUCAGUUUUGUAGUUUUGUAUGUUGGUAGCCAUGGUGGUUAGGUGCUCAUGUGACAUGUGAGAUUAACCUUCAAGCAAAAUUUAGAGCAACAAUAAUUCCUUACUGCAGUUCUGUUUGUAAUCUAUUGUCCCUAACCUCUUGUGAUUUGGAACCAAAUUUGAGGUUGUUGUGAAAAUUGGG